AUGUCUACCGUGACUCGUAUCCUUUGCAAGCCGAUCGUCCCCUCGACAAGCGCCGUGCGCGGCCUCUCCGGGAACAAGCGCGUGUUCUACCACGCCUUCUCCGUCAACAAUACCGUCGCCCGUCACAAAGCGGGGGUCACGUACGACGACCGGGGCGAACUGGGGCACACCGCGUCGGCGUGCGAGACGCAUGCAUGGGGCCCGUGGGGUUUAGAACCCGUGGGGCACACGUCGCUGUGCGGCUCCUGCGGCGACAUGCACGCCCGCGGCACCGCGUGCGACCCGGCUAAGAGGAACAGGUUCAUCAGGACGUGCGUAACGGACGGCGGCGCGUCGCUCAUGCCUCGGAUGAAGUUCUCGAGGCAGUGA